AUGGACAAUUCUUCUAGCUCCCAGAUGGGUUCUGAAAUAGCGAAAACCGACGGCAAAAAACGUGGAAAGUACGGUAGGCCCUGUGACAUGUGUGCCUCGCGCCGUGUGCGCUGUGUUUUCCGUGAUGAUUCCCCAAGAUGUGUGGGUUGUCAGGCCCACGGUGCUGAAUGUACCAACAAGAGAGUCCGCAAGAAGCUGGGACCCAAGAGCAUCCGCAGAAAGCAUGAGGGUGAUGAGAUGCCUUUUUUACAACGGUUGUUUUCAGCAGAAAACCCCAAAGAAACUGAUGGUCUGACCUCGUCAGAUUCCCAACAAUUCUCCCACGACCUGAUGGACCAGCCACGGCCCGGUGACGACUUGUUCAACUGCUUUGAGCACAGUCCCAACAAGGGUACUGCAAAUAUCCCCGUAGACAUGCUUCUACCCUAUUUACAGGUGUACCAGACGUGGUUCUAUGGCUAUUGGCCCGUGCUCUCCGUUGCCGACCUUAUGCUGACCAUGGCAUGCAACAGCACCAUGGACAAUCAGGUCCAGUACAUCGAGCUCAAUGAAUCUAAUGCCAUGUCCUAUGCUUUGGCAUGUGCGGUUUGUGCGGCCAUAGCCACUCAGAUUUCGUUCGUUUCUCAGUCAGACAAAGUCAUCAGCAUACAGAGUGGCUUACCUCCACAAGUAUACGCCGACGAGGCCAAGAGGGUCAGGAAUCUUUUCGACUACUCGUCUAAUCCGAACGUGGUCACUCUAAUAUCGUCGUUCUUCUUGUAUGCUCACUAUGUAAACCACAAGGGCAAGGCUCAACAGGCCAUCGUGUACUUGAGGGAGGCCAUUUCCAUGUGCCAAAUCUUGGGCUUCCACGAGCCGACUGCCUAUGUCAAUAAGUCGGCGGCAGAGAUUCACCGCUGGAAGAAAAUAUACUACAUGCUCUUGGUCACUGAACGCUUUAUGUGCUUUGAGGACGGAAUGCCGGUCAUUUUGGAGUCUUGUAUCGAGUUACCUCUGUUGGAGAAUGAAGAGUAUCCCAGCUUGCUUGCUGGUUUCACCGAGCUUGUUAAGGUUUUCUCGAUUCCUGACAAGAACUUCUUUGGUGAAAUUAAUCACAAGAGUGGGCACAUGAAGGUGGAUCUAUUCAGGGAUUAUCUCCAAUCGCAUGGUAUCAACGAUAAGAAAAAGUGGAUUCAAAAAGUACAACUGAAGCUUGUCAAGCCCUUGAAUCCACACAUCAAAAUUUCCGACUCGCAAACUCUCAAUAUUAUUCUAUCCCAAUCGUGGAUUCAAGCAAUUGCAUGGCAUAUCACUUCGGAAAAUGGAUUGAUAAAGUAUAUGGAUGAUGAAACUGAUUGUUUCUCGGUGAACUUCCCUCUUAAAAUUGCUAGAGACUUCCUUGCCGCAACCAGUGGGUUGCCUUCGUUCGCAUUCGAGUCCAAUGGGCCCGGAAUUUGCGUAAAAUUACUAGAGAUUGCGAACUCCCUUACAUUUGCGAUACAAAAGAGCUCCAAACAAUAUUUGAUGGCCGAUAGUCUAGAAACCAUUUUUGGUCUUGUCAAUCAAUUCAAAAAUGACGUGACUCUUCCUCUAGAUGUUUACAAUAAGGUGGGAACUCUCAUAGCAUCCUUCAAAAAUUUUGUUCCCAGAAACCUACGCAUGCCUGACUUGUACCAACACCAUGCUACUGUGGAAGAGUUGUUUGACGACGAUGAGGAGGGUAGUUCUACGCACAUUGAAAAUAGUGUGCCACAGAUUGGCCAGGUCAAUGAUGUCAAUAACAACAAUUCUGGUAGAGUGGUUGGCCAGGUUGAGGCGGAGCCUGAACAAUUUUUUGACGUGGGGCAGGGUAGCUUCGGACUUUCACCCAACGGCAGCAUUACAGAUCUAGUGGCCGCAAUAUCACCCACCAACUUUGGCACAAGCCAACAAAGGUAUGUUCAGGCAUGGAACAAUAUGAAUAUCCUGGGAAAGCUUUCACCUGUCGGAAGUGGGGCAACGUUGGCUAGUAUAUUCAUGCAAAACUCUACAUCAUUCCGUCAUGACAAAUCGAGAAUGACCUCCAGCGAGGGGCAAGACGAUCAGAAGGGUACCACUUUCACAUUUGUUUAA